AUGGCAGAGCAACUUGCUGAUAUUCUGAAACAAAUUCAGAAUCAAAAUCAUCAAGACAAUCUUGCAAUGCAGAAUCUUAUCGCAAAAUUGUUUAAAGAAGGAAAAUCAGAAGUAGCGGAGCAUUCAUCGUCAACAUCCAAGCCAACAGAACCAGAAUUCAUAAUUGAAGCACUUGCAUCAAACAUCACAGAAUUUUGUCACGAUCCAGAAAAUAACAUUACAUUUGACACUUGGUACAUGCGGUACGAAGAUCUGUUUCUAAUCGAUGCUGCAAAAUUGGAUGAUGCCGCAAAAACACGAUUGCUUUUACGUAAAUUGAACACCAUUGUUCAUAAUAAAUACAUCAAUUAUAUUCUACCAAAUCAUAGUCGCGAUUUUACUUUUAAAGACACAGUAGAAAAACUUAAGAAACUUUUUGGAAAUCAGAUUUCACUAUUCAAUACUAAAUUCAAUUGCUUACAGAUAACAAAGCAGCCCACACAAGAUUUCGUUACAUAUGCGAGCAUGGUUAAUAAGCAAUGUGAAUUAUUCAAACUGAAUGAUUUAACUACAGAUCAAUUUAAGUGUCUAAUAUUCAUUAUGGGGUUAAAGUCACCAUCAGAAUUUGAAUUACGCACAAAAAUGUUAAAUAAAUUGGAAAAUGAAAGCACGAAAGUCACGUUGGAGACCUUAUCAACAGAAUGCCAAAAGAUACUAAAUUUAAAAGUCGAUACAAUGCUCAUAGAAAGCAAUGCACAGGUAAAUCGUUUACGUGUCAAUAACCAUAAAACUGAAAAACAAAUCAAAAAUAAUGGCAAGUCAAAAGAACCUUCAAGUUUACCGAAAACACCUUGUUGGUUUUGUGGUGAAUUUCAUUACUCGCGGCACUGUCCAUUCAAAAAUCACAAAUGCGACAGAUGCAAACUUGUCGGGCAUAAAGAAGGAUAUUGCAAAUACCGAAAAACUCAAAAUGAAAAUCAAAAAUACCAUAAAAUUGAUAAGGGCCGUCAAUUCAAUUCAAAAAGCAUCUUUACUACAAACAAAGUCAAUAUGAUUAAACGCAAAUACAUAUUAGUCAAAAUUAAUGCCGAUAAUGUUAGCGAAUCAGAACAUACAGCACGCAGCGCAACAGAUGAGUUACCAUUGUCAGCAAAAUUUAAAUGCAACGUAGAAUUUCGAAAUCAACAGCAAAGUUUAACUUGUUUUGUUACUCCUAUACAAAAUCUCAACGUAAUGGGUUUAGAUUGGAUACAAGAAUUAAACUUAUGUAAUAUGUCAAUCAAUUCUAUUUGUAAUAGUAUUUGUCAAAAUCAGGAUAGUAUUCAAUUGUGUUCAAAUCCGAAUAAAGAUACUCACCUGAAACAUUUUUUUUCAGAUGUAUUCGAUGGCAAAAUGGGGUUAUGCACUAAAACAAAAGCAGUAAUCACAACGAAACCAAACGUUCAGCCAGUAUUUAGGCUAAAGCGUCCAGUUGCAUAUGCGGUACAACAACUAGUUGAAGAUGAAUUCAAAAGACUCCAAGAAUUAAAGGUUAUUUCACCAGUAAACUUCUCCGCAUGGGCAGCACCUAUAGUUGUUGUGAAAAAAACAAACGGAAACGUACGCAUAUGUGCUGAUUUCUCAACUGGUCUAAACAACUGCCUCGAAUCACAUCAAUACCCAUUACCAUUACCAGAAGAUAUAUUCUCAAAAUUGGCAAAUUCAAAAAUAUUUAGCCAUAUAGAUUUAUCGGAUGCAUUCUUACAAAUCGAGGUUGAUGACGCAUCGAAACAUCUACUAACAAUAAAUACACACAUCGGGCUAUUCCAGUAUAACAGAAUGGUUUUUGGAAUAAAAACAUUUCCAGCAAUUUUUCAACAAAUUAUGGACCAAAUGUUAGCAGGACUAAAUUGCACUGCAUCAUAUAUUGAUGACAUAUUUGUUUCCGGUAAAACAGCAUCUGAACAUACAGACAAUUUAUAUGCAGUUCUUACAAGGCUACGUGAUUAUGGGUUUAAAUUAAAAUACGAAAAAUGUAAUUUCUUUAAAACUGAAAUUAAGUAUUUAGGGUACAUCAUUAAUCAAGAAGGGUUAAAACCUGAUCCAGAACGUAUUGCCGCUAUCAAGCAAAUGCCAGAACCAUCAAAUAUUACAGAAUUACGUUCUUUUCUUGGCGCAAUAAAUUUUUACGGAAAAUUUGUUCCGAAGAUGCGUGAGUUAAGAGGACCACUUGAUAAUUUACUUAAGUUAAAUGUAAAAUGGAAAUGGGACGCGAUACAUCAGAAGUCUUUCCAUCAUCUUAAAGCUAUAAUGUCAUCAAAUUUAUUAUUAUGCCAUUAUGAUCCAAAUCAGAAGCUAAUUGUAGCUGCUGACGCAUCAAACUAUGGGUUAGGCGCAUGCAUCAUGCAUGAAUAUUCAGAUGGAUCCAUUAAACCUAUUUGCCAUGCUUCACGUUCUCUCACUCCGGCAGAACAAAAAUAUAGCCAGAUAGAAAAAGAAGGACUUGCACUCAUAUUUGCAGUUACCAAAUUUCAUAAAAUGUUGUAUGGAAGAAGAUUUAUAUUGCAUACCGACCAUAAGCCUUUACUGACUAUUUUCGGUAGAAAAACAGGCAUUGCUAUACAUCAAGCUAAUCGUCUUCAAAGAUGGGCAAUUCAGCUUUUAGGAUACGAUUUUGAAAUAAGAUUCAUUUCAACAAACAGUUUCGGAUACGCUGAUGUAUUAUCUAGACUUAUAAACAACAACGAAAAUAUUUCUGAAAAUUACGUUGUAGCAUCAAUCAAAUUAGAAAGAAGUGUAAAUUCAAUUAUAGUUAACACUAUAAAUACUUUACCAGUAACACAUAAAAUGAUCACAUAUGAAACAGCAAAAGAUCCAAUUCUAAAACAAAUAAUAUAUUAUAUUACAAAUGGUUGGCCUAACAAAACAAUAAAUAAUAGAGAAUUACAAGCAUUUUUACACAGGAAAAAUGAGUUAUCAUUAAUAAAUAAAUGUGUUGUGUACGGUGAACGUAUUGUUAUCUCACAAGUCUACAAAAAACGUGUACUUAAACAAUUACAUCGUGGUCAUCAAGGUAUUGAGCGUACCAAGGCAUUAGCACGGAGUUUUGUAUAUUGGCCAAACAUUGAUACUGAUAUAAAAACAUUUAUUCAAAAUUGCAAUCAAUGUGCAAAUGCAGCAAAGAUGCCUACGAAAACAUUACUUCAUUCUUGGCCCACACCAAGCGAACAGUGGGAGCGGGUGCAUAUAGACUAUGCUGGACCGAUAGAAGGAUGGUAUUUUUUGGUCAUUGUCGACGCAUAUUCAAAGUGGCCGGAAACUGUUCAAACAAAAGCAAUGUCAUCACAAGCAACCGUGAAUAUUUUAAAUGAUAUUUUUGCCCGAUUUGGUCUGCCAAAAACAAUCGUAUCAGAUAAUGGAACACAGUUUCGUAGUGAACAUUUUGAACAAUUCUUAAAACAUAACGGCGUUGAACAUCUAUAUUCCAGCCCUUACUAUCCAAUGUCGAAUGGUCAAGCUGAAAGGUUUGUAGACACUUUCAAAAGAUCUUUAAAAAAAUUAGAAGGAGAGGGGACGAUCACACAAAAUUUAUGCACAUUUCUUCAGACAUAUCGUUCAACACCGAAUGUAAACUCACCAGAGAAGCGAUCUCCAGCAGAAGUCAUGUUCAGAAGGAAAAUGAGAAUAAAUUUAGAUUUGCUGCAGCCAAAAAAGCUACACAAUGCAAAGUUAAGUCCAAAUAAAUUCAAAAUGGAAAAGCAAUUUAACAAAAGGCACGGUGCCAAGGAAAUAAAAUACUUUCCAUCAGAUAAAAUUUACGCCAACAUUCCAAAUGGAGUUAACCGUUUCAAAUGGAUGCCUGGGGAAGUCAUUGAGAAAAAAGGAAAAGUAAUGUACAAUGUUAUUCUGAACAAUGGAAAAUUAAUUCGAAUUCAUUGUAAUCAAUUACGAAAGCGCUACCACGACCAAAAUAAUAACCACAAGUUUUGGGAAGCUGCACUAGAUGUGUAUGACUUACCGCAACAAUCAGAUCAGUUUACAAAAGCACUCAACAAUCAGACACUGCCUAAUAUUCUACCACUAUCGACAUCGCCAACCGAGUUACCCAUAAUGCCUACGACAAUUUCAACACCUACAUCACCUGUUCUUCGUAGGACAACACGUAAUCGCAAAGCAGUCACUAGGUUUCAACCACAGUAA